UUUGAAACUCCAUAUUUCCUAUUUCGCGGCAAUGGCGAAGAAAGUCCAAAAAUCGAUGUUUUUUACUGUCCGGGACGAGAACAUGCGAACUGCCAAAUGCACUAUCCAGAGAUCGUCCGCAGCCAUCCUGGGCACCCGCUACAAACCUUCUGAUCAGACGAUUUUAUUUUUUGCAGCGGCACGGCGGGUCGGACAAGAUGCCCAGGCCCUGGCUUUGUGCCGGCUGCUGGUGGACCGCAAAAUCAACAUUGACAUCAACCACGGUGAUGCGUUGCGCCAGACCGCGUUAUUUUACGCGGCUCGUCAAGGGCAUGCGGAUACCAUCAGGUUCUUAAUCAGUUUGGGCGCAAACCCCAACGUCAAAGACUCCAAUGGAGAAACGGCGAUGUUCUUUGCUGUGCGAAAAAAACGAACCGCUGCAGUCAAGGCUCUUCUGGACAAUGGGGCACAUUUGAAAGUGGUCAACAAAUGGCACCACACUUGCUUUAGUCUCUCUCCCGCUGAAGUCCUGCCUGUUCUACAGGAGGAACGCCAAAAGAAACGCAGCUAUGACGAGUCAGGUCCAGGGCCAAAGCGCCGACGGACAGCUGCGGAAGAACUGCGUGCUUGGGCUGACGAGUGGCCAAUAAAGGAGCCAGUCGUCGGCAAAGAAAUCGAUUUUCGGGAAGAGGAUGUUCUCGCUGUGAAGAGCGUCGACAAGAGCACUGGCAAGCAUGGAGAGUAUGCUGUCCUCAGCAAGUGCCCUGGAAAGUGUGCUGCAAGAUUGCGACUGUCAGAGAAAGAAUUCGUCUAUGACCACGCCAUGAUGAUGAAAGACGAACUCUUCUUUGAAGACCUCAAGCCAGAGGACUGGUGCCAGAACGUGGGCGUCCUCACAGACGCUGGCGGUGCAGUCGAAGGCAUCAAGGGCGUGGUCACGGGCAAAACCGGUUCGCAUUUCACCUUGCCUCUGGUGCAGAAGGAGACCCAAACGAUAGCAGGCUAUGUGCACGCAACCUAUUGUGCCGAAGAACAUGGGCUUCGCAUCGCACAUUUAAAGGUUGACGAGGCGCACAUCGGCCAAGGCCUGGGAGUGCUUCUUCUGGAUGCUGCAGAGCAGCACAGCCACAGCAUCGGCUGGAAGUGCAAGCAGACGUUUCUAAGCGUCUUGAAAGCCAACGCACGGGCGCGCAAGUGCUACGCAAAAGCAGGAUUCCGCGUUGCAUCUAGCACUGCUGCUGCCGGUUGGGGCGCAAAGAAGCAGCAUGCCUGGUCCGAAUGGCAAAAGCUUCGAAAGCGCCAGCUUGGUCAUGCUGCCCCCACAAGAUCGACAAGAAAAUCAGCAGCCUUGAGCUGUGUAAGCGGCACAUUUCUUCUUUGUUCAUUUGUUCACAAAUAUGCCUUGAAGACGCCCGCCGCAUAGUGAAAUGCCCCUUUGCUCGCUUUGAUUGGAAAAAUACCUGGAAA